AACAACAACAACAACAACAUACACAAAGCCUUCGAUUCCUUCUUCAGCCGUCCUUCCGCCCCUUUUGGAAUUAUCCAAUCGGCUUUCGAUUUCGCAUCUACUUCCGCCCUUAACUGAGGCGCGGCGGGAGCCACUUCCGCCCGACAUUGUCUUUCUGUUUUAAAACAGAAGCUUCCGCCCUCAGCUGAAGUCACCAAGGGAGUGCUUCCGGGUUAGGUGAAGCCACGCCCCUAUGUGACCCGUGGCUGUUGAAAUGGAGCAGGAGAGGAUAGCCCUGCCGCCCAGGGGACCCCUGGACCUGCCCCUCUCGGUCCUGGAGGUCGGAUGCUCCGGUCACUUUGAGCUCAUCACCCAAGAGAAGGGCCCUUAUGGAGAGGGAUUUCCACUCACCACGUUACCUCAUGGGUUGCCCCCUUACGCUCAGGACCUGGCAUCUGAACUGGAGCAGGAAUUUCUCAACAGCCCUGAAUGGCUUCCCAUACAUCAUUUUGAAAGGUCUCACAGGAAGAUUCUGGCCCCGUGAGAAAGACAUCCAUUCGCUUUUUGAGGUAGACGUCACACCUGUACACUCCACGCUUCAGGCUGAGCGCAACCCUACUACGGGAGAGCUGCUUGGUUUCACAGAGGCGCUUGUGGACAACAUGGGCCUUUCAGCCAAGAAUUCACUUUCCUUUCAGCGAGCCCCUGGUCCCCCAGCAGAGGCUCUGAGGGGCAGUGCCACCAACUAUCCCUUCUGGCCAGGUGGAAUGGAUGAACCCACUCUAGAGCAGAUCAAGGCAAAAGAAGAGCUAGAAGAAGACAUUGAUUUUGAAAAAGAUUUGCUGACGGUGCCACCUGGCUGGAAGAAGGGGGUUGAAUUCACUAAACAAGAGCUCAAGGCCUCUCCAGGGUUGCUGAAUUUGACAAACUUGCUGGGGGCGCUGGAUACCUUUGACUUGGGAAGCUCUAGCGAUGAAGAAGGCAAGGAGAAGGCUGAGGAAGGGGAGAAGCAGAAGACGAAAAGGAAGGAAGGCAAAGGGACAAAGGAAGAAAAGUCACCCCCAGCGGAACAGGCACCUCUGCAGAGAGCAAACAGCCUGGAGGAAUUGGUGCUCAAGGAAGUGACCUCCACCCCCAAACCAGCCCCUCAGGCUGCCCAGGCUCCCACUACUGAGCCCCCCAAAGAGCAAUGGGCCAUUCCGGUAGAUGUCAGUUCCCCUGUGGAUGAUUUCUACAAGCGAAUUCCUGACCCGGCUUUCAAGUGGCCCUUUGAGCCUGAUGUUUUCCAGAAACAGGCUAUUCUCCACUUGGAGAAACAUGAUUCAGUGUUUGUCGCUGCCCACACAUCUGCUGGCAAGACUGUGGUAGCGGAGUACGCUAUUGCUCUGUCGCAGAAGCACAUGACACGCACCAUAUAUACUUCUCCAAUCAAAGCGCUUUCUAACCAGAAAUUUCGGGAUUUCAAAAAUACUUUUGGGGAUGUGGGGUUGCUGACAGGAGAUGUUCAGCUGCAUCCAGAUGCUUCAUGUCUUAUCAUGACAACAGAGAUCCUUCGGUCUAUGCUGUACAAUGGCUCCGAUGUUCUCAGAGACUUGGAGUGGGUGAUCUUUGAUGAAGUCCAUUACAUUAAUGACUCUGAGCGUGGUGUGGUGUGGGAAGAGGUCCUCAUCAUGCUGCCGGACCAUGUGAACAUAAUCUUGCUGAGUGCCACUGUCCCCAACACUCUGGAGUUUGCUGACUGGAUUGGGAGAAUCAAAAGGAAGAAAAUCUAUGUAAUCAGUACGCUGAAGCGACCUGUCCCACUGGAGCAUUACCUUUACACGGGCAACAGUCAGAAAACACAGAAUGAGCUCUUUCUCCUGGUUGAUGCCCGGGGGACAUUCCUUACCAAGGGGUAUUAUGAUGCUAUGGAUGCCAAAAAGGAGCGGGCCAGCAAACACUCACAGACCUUUGGGGCCAAGCAGCCAAUACAUGCUGGAGCAGGAGCAGGGCAGGACAAGAAUAUCUGGCUGUCUCUCAUUGACAUGCUGCGAAAGAAGGACCAACUGCCAGUAGUUGCCUUCACAUUCUCUCGCAAUCGCUGUGAUGACAAUGCCUCCAUGCUAACUACUGUUGACCUUACAAACACCACAGAGAAAAGCGAGAUCCAUGUCUUCUUCCAGAAGUGCAUCUCCCGUCUGAAGGGCACAGACCGCCAGUUGCCUCAGGUUCUUCACAUGGUGGAUCUCUUGAAGCGUGGCAUUGGGGUGCAUCACAGUGGAAUUCUGCCCAUCCUGAAAGAGGUGGUGGAGAUGCUGUUUAGCAAGGGCCUUGUCAAGAUCCUUUUUGCCACAGAGACGUUUGCCAUGGGGGUGAACAUGCCAGCCAGGACCGUGGUCUUCGAUUCAAUCCGUAAACAUGAUGGCACUAACUUCCGGGAUCUGGUGCCAGCUGAAUACAUCCAGAUGGCAGGUCGGGCUGGACGCCGAGGUCUUGAUACUACUGGGAUGGUGAUCAUUCUGUGCAAAAACCAAGUGCCUGAGAUGGCUACUCUUCACCGGAUGAUGUUGGGCAAACCAACUCAGCUGCAGUCCCAGUUCCGCUUAACCUACACCAUGAUCCUUAACCUCUUGAGGGUGGAAGCCCUCCGAGUGGAGGACAUGAUGAAAAGGAGCUUCUCCGAGUUCCACACCCGGAAAGACAGCAAGGUCUACGAACACAGGAUUGCCCAGCUGAGCGACAUCUUGGCCAACAUGGAAAUGGGAGAUACGACAGGACAGCUCAGUGAUUUGGAGGAAUAUUACCGGGUAGUACGAGACCUGCAGAAAAACCGAGAACUCAUACAGAGGCGGGUCAUGGAAUCAGUGAAUGGACUGAAGGCCCUCUCUGUGGGACGAGUGAUUGUUGUGAAAAACCAAGAGCACAGGAAUGCCCUGGGGGUGAUCUUGCAGGUUUCUUCUGAUGCUGCCAACCGGACCUUCAGCACCCUGGUGAUAUGUGAGAAAAAUCCGACAGAGGGAGAUGAGACCUCAAACAAGGAAAGCAGUCCCCUCUCUCCUUCAGAAGUGCCCCUUCCUGAUGACCUGCUGCGUACCAAACUCUUUCUUCCUGAGGGCCCCUGUGGACACACCAUAAAGAAGCUGGGCCCAGCUGAUAUUUUUGGUAUCACCACCAAAACCCUGCGCGUCAAUGCUGAGCGUAUCCUGGAGGAUUUCAAGAAGCGACAGAUGCCCAGGUUCAGGAAUGACCCACCUGGACCAUCUGCAGCCACAGCCACUCAAGAAUUGCUGCGCUUGGCUGAAGGCGACCCUGAAGGCCUCCCGCUCUUGAACCCCAUCAACGACCUUCAGCUGAAGGACCUGGAAGUUGUGGAGGGUGUGAUGAAGGCCCGACAAUUGGAAGAGGUUUUGACGGGGUUUCAGUGUGUUCACAGUCCCCGUUUCCACAUGGAGUUUGUGCGGUUCAGAGAACGCCAACAAGUGCUGGAGGAACUGGAGAAGCUGCGUUUCCUGCUCUCUGAUCAAUCCCUUCUUCUGCUGCCAGAGUAUCACCAACGUGUUGCGGUCCUCCGUUCUCUGGGCUACAUCAAUGAAAGUGGGGCUGUAGAGCUCAAAGGGAGCGUGGCCCGCCAGAUCAGCAACCACGAGCUUCUCCUGACACAGCUGCUCCUCGACAACACCCUGACAGACUUGCGACCUGAGGAAAUUGUGGCAUUGCUCAGCUGCACCGUCUGCCAAGUGCGCACCCAGGUGGAGCCACAGCUGCCUUCCGUACUACAGAAGGGCAUUGAGCACAUCCGAUCAGUAGCAAUGGAAAUCGCUCUGCUCCAACGCAAGUGUGGCCUGCAGGAAUCGGUGGAGGACUUCGUGGAGCAGUACAAAUUUGGGCUGGUGGAGGUGGUUUACGAAUGGGCCCGUGGCAUGCCAUUUGCAGAGAUCGCCCGCCUGACAGAUGUGCAGGAAGGGAUCAUCGUCCGUUGUAUCCAACGUCUGGAUGAGACCUGUCGUGAGAUGCGCAAUGCAGCCCGGGUCACUGGGGAGCCAACACUCCAUGCCAAGAUGGAAGCCGCUUCCAACAUGAUCAAGAGAGACAUAGUCUUUGCUGCCAGCCUCUACACCCAGUGAGGUGUGAAGCUCCUUUGGGUUUAUUUCAUAUCCUUGGAACUGUGUGUAUCUGGUCUGUUAAUUUCUGACCUCGGAGAGGUUAUAAUGCAGCUUGCUGAGACAGAGAAUAAAAGAUGCUUUAUUGUCAA